AUGCCUGUGGGGAUAACAAGCCUAAAAAAGUUGGGCACCUUAAAUUUGUCCAUGAAUCAUUUGACCGGAAAUAUCCCAGCAAAUAUCGGAAACUUGGGGUGGAUAGAAACUCUUGAUCUAUCACUGAACAAACUUUCAGGUUCAAUUCCACAAAGCAUGGUUUCUUUAACAUUUUUGAAUCAUCUGAACCUGUCAUACAAUAACUUGUCUGGGAAAAUUCCAACGGGUAACCAGUUUCAGACCUUUGUUGACCCGUCAAUUUAUGAGGGCAAUACCAAUCUUAGCGGGUGUCCAUUACCAACUGGUUGCCAAGACAAUGAAAAAGCACCUCAAGUUCCAAGUGGAGAUGGAGGAGAGGAUGAUGACAACAAACUUGAAAAGCUGCAGUUCAUCAUCAGUAUGGUGAUAGGUUUCUGUGCUGGGUUUUGGGGAGUUUUUGGGACUUUGGCCAUGAAGAGGUCUUGGAGACAUGCCUAUUUUCACUUCCUUGACAUAGUGAAAGAUGCUGUCCUUGAUUUUGUCCCUGCCAUUGGUACUUAUUUGCGGAAAAGAUCAUAG